AUGAGGUUCCGAGCCAUCAUCCUUACAGCGGGCCUCUUGCGCCGUGUUCUUGCCGUACACGAGACGAGAACCUUCGCACUCCUGCAGUUUAAUGGCAAAGAGAUUGUCCGCGGGCGCAUUGACCCUAUUGUCUCCCCUGGGCGCGUGUCUGAACACGUACACGGCGUCAUGGGCGGCCGUAAUUUUGCGCCCGAUGCCACUGGCGAUAGCAUGGCUCUGUCGAUGUGCACAAACGCAAAAGCCGCUGACGACAAAAGCGCCUACUGGUUUCCUUGGCUCUACUUCCAUGAUCCUGUGACCGGCACAUUUGAACCAGUCGACAUUGCGUACGUCAAUGUGUAUUAUUUUUUCGAACCGACAGACGAUAGAAUCACUGCUUUCCCGCAGGGCCUGCAAAUAGUGAGCGGCAACGCGGCGACCCGGACGUCACCAGGCACGCAUGGGAAGCUCAACUUAAACCCUGACGAUGGGGAGAUCCAGCCGGUGCAGUGGACCUGCCCCCGCUGGCAGAGCACUUUCGAGCCCCCGUCGUGGCCUCCCGACUCAGACGGCACUGCAGCUGGAGAAGUCGACCCGAUGAAUGCCGAGGCCGGCACCGGCUUCCCGGACGUGGACUGUGACGGCUUUGCAUCCCCCUUGCGAGCGGACAUUCACAUGCCGUACUGUUACGACCCGAGCAAAGGACUGGACGAGUACCGAUCGAACAUGGCGUUCCCCAGCAUCCAAGGCACGAAAUACAGGUGUCCCGAAGGGUGGAUCCACCUCCCCCACAUGCUCAUCGAGGUCUACUGGAACACGCCUGUAUUCAAGGACCGAUGGUGCCCCAGUCAGGGGUCCCAGCCAUUUGUCCUGUCCAAUGGUGACGUGACGGGGUACAGCUCACACGCAGACUUUCUGGCGGCGUGGGAUGAGAAUGUGUUGCAGGGCGUGAUCGAUGGCUGCGACGCGGGGUUCAACGGCAUUCACACCUGCCCCGGCGUUACUCCAAGCACUCUUGAAGACUGUAAGGCCGCAGAAAAUCCCCUUGUUCAUGAAGCUGUGUCAGGCGCUCUCGAUGUGCUGCCUGGCGGGCUAAGACCGCUCCAGGGGUGGGGUUUGUAG